AUGCGCGCCGGCGACCGAUAUGGCCCCCGCCCGGGCGCCAUGCCGCCGGCUGGCGCCGACGACGAGGAGACCCGGCGGGUCGCGGCCCUGCUGCUGCGCGGCGCCCGCGAGCAGGAGGAGCGGGCCCAGGAGACAUCCUCGAGACAGUGGUGUCCAAGUCGUGCACAGAGGUGGAGAUUAUCCCGCAGGGCGGCGCGCGGCAUGCUGGGCGCCCUGGUGCGGCGCAGCUCCCAGGAGAACCUGGCCGUGGUGCGCCUCGGGCGCGGCCUGGGCGCCCGCGAGGUCGAGCUCCCUCUGGACGACGUCUGCGAAUACGCUUGA